AUGGCAAGAAUUGACGGAUAUCACAUGAUGAUUGUAUCAAAAUAUUUUAAUUCAUUUGAAGACUUUGUUAAAGUCGAAAUGUUAAACAAAAAGUAUUUUAAAAACACUGAAAAGUUCCACUCGAACCCAAUUUCACUAACAAAUAAAAAUUUAAAAUAUUUUCCAAACGUUGAAACUUUAAAUCUUUAUAAUGAGACAGACGACGACUUUGGAUAUGAAGUUUUGACUUCUAACACAACAUAUCCUCAAAAUAUCAAAAAACUGUUUUUCAAAGUGAAUGUUUGGUACGAAGUUUCUUAUAAGAAGUAUACCGAGUCUUCAGAGGUGUUUCUCGACAAAGUUUCUUUCAAGAACUUAGUGCUUGUUAAUUUUAAUGAUUUGAACAGUGAAGUUAUUAGCCCAAAUAUUCGAGUGAUUGGAGAAAGGUGUUUUAAAAAUGCGCCAAUAACAGACGUAGUUAUACCACCAACAGUUAUUAAAAUCAAAGAUAAUGCUUUUGAGAAUUCAACAAGAUUACGUCACAUCUCAUUCCCACAGACUGUAUGGAAUAUACCACAAUCAAUGUGUUAUAAUUGCAACUUACACUUAUUGACGUUGCCAUUUGGGGUGACUAAAAUAUCGUCUUUUGCGUUUAUGAAUAACAAUAUUAGAAUAAUCACAUUGCCAGAAAGCCUCGAGAUUAUUGAAGAUAUGGCAUUUGCAAAUAAUGAAAUAUUAAGAGAUAUUACAAUACCAAAAAGUGUGAAAGUGUUGAAAGAAAAUGCGUUUUAUAAAUGCAAAGAACUCAUUAAAAUUAAAGUGUUCAGUAUAGAUAUCAUUGAGAACAAUUAUGGCAUUCUCGACAUAAUAAAAAAAGAAAUUUAUCAAUAA